CCGCCCCCCCAGUGACAACUUCUUGGUGGAGGAGUCGGUCCGGACAGAUCAUCCGGUAAUCCGGGACCGCGGCCGUGCCUUUAUUCUCAUCAGCACAUGUGCGGCGGGCUCUGAGCGCUGUUUUACUGCGUGCUAAUGAAUAAAGGCGGAUGCUGUGCACGGUCGCGGCGCGUUUAGCGAGGGCAACGCGGUGAAGCUGUUCCCAGUAUUUUUUGUAUGAGUUGAAGGCUGGUUGCGGAUCCGCAGAGGCGAAGGGGAAGGCCGGUGAAAAGCCUCGGCUUUUGGGUGGCAGUCAUGGCCGGGAAUUUUGACGCCGAGGACCGUGGCAGCUGGUACUGGGGAAGAUUAAGCCGACAAGAGGCGGUCUCUCUCCUGCAGGGACAGAGGCACGGUGUCUUCUUGGUCCGGGACUCUAUCACCAGCCCGGGAGACUACGUGCUCUCCGUUUCGGAAAACUCAAAAGUCUCGCAUUAUAUAAUCAACAGCAUCAGCAGCAGUCGGCAGUCCGCUCCAGGACUGACUACCUCGCGGUUUCGUAUCGGAGACCAGGAAUUUGACGCCCUUCCAGCCCUGCUGGAGUUUUAUAAGAUACACUACCUGGACACCACCACUUUAAUUGAGCCCAUCAACAAAGCCCAGCACUCGUCACUCAUCAACGUCAGCGCGGGAACAGGAGGGGCUCCUCAGAGGCUUGAGGAGGAGUACGUUCGUGCUCUGUUUGACUUCCCUGGCAACGACGAUGAGGACCUUCCGUUUCGAAAAGGCGAUGUGCUUCGGGUGCUUGAGAAGCCGGAGGAGCAGUGGUGGAACGCUCAGAAUUCAGAGGGCCGCGUUGGGAUGAUCCCCGUACCCUAUGUGGAGAAAUUCCGGCCUGCUUCUCCAACGACCCUGGGCAGUGGGGGGACGGGCACUGUGGGUAAUUCAGAUGGCCACAAUUCCCAGUCCCCUCCUCUGCUUGGUGAGCCAGGCCAGUAUGCCCAGCCCACAUCUUUACCCAACCUGCAGAACGGGCCUGUCUUGGCCAGGGCAGUUCAGAAGAGAGUGCCCAAUGCGUAUGACAAGACGGCUCUUGCUUUAGAGGUUGGUGACUUGGUGAUGGUGACCAAGAUCAACGUGAAUGGGCAAUGGGAGGGAGAGUGCAAGGGAAAGCGAGGCCAUUUUCCCUUCACGCAUGUCCGCUUACUGGAUCAGCACAACCCGGAGGAUGACCCAAGCUGAGAGCGGAGACUGACUUCCCUGUACAGCCCUUAGAUGCGCGCACACACACUCUCUCUCCUCACAUCUCCUCAUAACUGACAUGCUCAGCAGUAGCCUCUUCUACUAGGUCCUUUUCCUGUCUAUCCACUCAUUGUUUUGUGCCAUCAUGUCAUUCAUGCCAAUAUAUACAGUAUCUGCAGUCAUUUUCUUAUUAGACCUUAUGCACAAGUUGAAGUUACUUCGUAAGUAGACACUAAACACCGUGGGCAUCUCUGUAGGCUGUUCUAAGCAGAACUUUUGGAGUGUGGCUUAUUGUGAGUUUGAGAGAGCGGAGAUUUCUGCUUGGGCUCAAAACUUAAGCAGUUUGGUGUGGCUGUAAGGGACUGUUCCUCUGCAUUUGAGUAGCGUACACUACUCAUACUGAAUUGCGAAAAAAUGACUGCUUCGAAGGGGAUUUGUUUUGAGCCCUUUAUCACACUACAAAUCAUCUGUAUCCGUGUUAUUAUAUACAAGGUGUCUGAAGAAGAAAAACUGAUCAUAUAUUGUUUACCAUUACGUGCUUAAUUUGUAUUCCUUUUUUUUGUGUGUGCACACAGAAGUAUUUAAUUUGGCUUUUGUUAGUUAAAGUGUCCCGUUCAUUUCCUGUUGAUCACUGCAGAAAAGCAAUUCUGGAUGAUGGAGACUUUAUUUUGAAGACACAAAUCAGUUUUGAUAAAAAAAAAGAGAGAGAGAGAGAGCACACGUUCAGAUAUCUCGCCACUUGUGUGCCUGCCAAAAAGUCUUUCCUUAGGUUGAAUGUAAAGAAGUAGUACUUACAAACAUGUCUGAAAACAUCCCACUGAAAUGUUAUCGUAUGCAGAUGCUUCAAGAACAACUGGCGCUACCACUUUGAUAUACACUGUAAGAUUUUGUCACUACAUGUAAAGCGUUAACUCAAUGCCUCAAACACAUUUCUCCCUAGACCUGUCUUGCACAUAACAGUAGCCUUCAUCUACCGUUGUUUCAUGUAUCUGUGCUCCAGCUGAAUUAGUUGCGUUUUGUUUUUUUUUGUUGUUGUUUUUUUUUAACAUUAUUUGCAAGUGCACGUCACUGCUUCAUAGUGGCAGUUUCAUCCAAGAGGUAAAAUGUAUUCACUCGUUAUAUAGCACACAGAUCGUUCCUUUAACCAGCUGUUUGCCUUUAUUUCAGUUCAACACCUGAAGUAAUAUCUGAUCUAGCCUGAUCACCAAGUUUCAAAUUUAAAAGUAUUGUAAUAAGAUGUUUAAGGAAGACUGGUGACACCCUCUUUUAGAUCAUAUUUGAAUGUAUUGGACAUGGAUUAAGCCUAGUCUUGGACUACAUGGGGACUCGCCACUGGAGAUUUCCUUUUUUAAUAAGGCAUAGACUUAAUCCAGGUCUGGGAAACUUGCCAAAAGUGAUUAAACCUAGUCUGGAUUACCCAGCAUUUUGAAUGGAGGGUCUCAUGUUUAAAAAAAAAAAAAAGGUUUACGGAUUCCAGGACUAGCCUUAAUCCCUGUCCAGAAGCCAGCUCAUUACCUAUUCUACACAUACAUGUAUUCCACUCGUUGCAACUGCUCAUCUUUUGGGAAAAGAAAAAAUUGAUUUUGAUUUGGUGAACAAAUGCAUGAACUGUAGCACUAACUGAAAGGCCACAAGACAACACUUGAUAUAUCAUUCAUGUUUGAAGUUCUUUUGAAUGGUCAUAAUGUAAGUUUAAUCAUCUGAACAAGGACAAUCACCUGAGAAAUGUAAGCUUCUAUUGUGUGAGAAAUAUGAAGGUUAGGUAUGAAGUAAUGAUGAACCUGUCAUGUUGAGCAGCCAAGUUCGUAAGGAGUCACCUGUCUUUGGACUUAAUAUUAAGCUAUGAAUUAAGAAUUCUCAUUUUCAUUGAGCCUGUAUGUGCAAAAGCUCUGAAUUCCAAAUGUUUAAAAAGGCUAUGAAACAAAAUGAAGUGAUAUAAGCAGACUGUCACCACUUGAUUAUUCAGUGUUUCAACCAACGUUUUAAUUUCUAAAUGACUGUCAUACAUUUACAGUCUCAGUGUAACUCAUUCCAAAGUAAUCUGUCCUUUAUUGCAAGGCCCAAGUCUUACUGAUGCACCUCAAAAGUGCCACUCUGAGCUGUGACUAAGUUGACUGAGAAAUGUAACUUUCCCCAUACGUUUGAUUUGUCCUACUAAGUAUUAUGUUUACUGUCUUUACUCAACAGUCCUCUAGUAAAUGUAACAUCGCAUUUGUUUGUGAUGUUUGUUUAAGCCCUUAACAGCCUAAAUGUUUUUUUUUCUUGAAUCAGCCUGUUCCUGUACAUGAAAUGAAGAUAACCCCUAUAGUAAACCAUUUAAACCCCU